GCUGCUUUUAUUCUUCAUCACAAGAUGAAAUUCAUCCUUUUUACUUUGUUCCUUUGUGGAUUCAUCCUGGAAAUCAAUGCAGGGCGUGGUUUACAAAAACCAAUAGAAUCUAGAUCAUUCUCAAAAAUAAGGUCCGUUGUGGCAUGUGAGGAAUCAAUGGCUGGAUUAGUGUGUGAAAAUGAGCCUAUAACUGUGAUCAGUGCUAAAUAUGGACGCAGUGAUCAGACGACUUGCUCCAAUGGGAUACCUGAGGACCAGACAAAGAAUACUGAUUGUGCUACGAGGGCAAAUUUAGUGUUUCAGAGAUGUGAGGGGCAAUUUCUGUGCCCUGUCUUAGCCAGUAGCUCUGUGUUUGGAGAUCCCUGUGCCGGGACCUACAAGUACCUGGAGUUCCAAUUAGAACUGUCUGAAGCGACCAUCAGAUCUGCUGUGUGAGGAUGAAAUGCAUCAUAAUCAGUAACAUCUACAGACAUUGUGAUCCACUGAUGUGCAGCUUCAUCUCUCUUCAGUGUCUUUCAGUUUUCUUGUCAUUUUAUUUGUUUUUCUUCUCCAAUC